CGGGACUCCACGAUCAUGCCCUGGGCUGAAGACAACACUAAACCGCUGAGCCACCUGGGCUGCCCAAGGAGCCAUUGACCUUCAAGGAUGUGGCCGUGGUCUUCACUGAGGAGGAGCUGAAGCUGCUGGACCCUACCCAGAGGAAGCUGUACCGAGAUGUGAUGCUGGAGAACUUCAGGAACCUGCUCUCUGUGGGAGACAAGAAUGAAAAUGUCAUGGAGUAUAUUCAAGAAAGAGAAUUAAAGUGCCUUUCCUACAGAGAGCUCUCCUACUGGAAAAUCUGGGAACAGGUCGCUGGUGAAUUAACUGGGAGUCAGGACCAUAGAGUAAAUCUUCAAGGGAAAAGUUCCCAGUUCUCAGAAGACACUUCUCCCACCCAAGGGUGGCCAGGAAUACCCACUCGGGGUUCACCAAUGGAUAGUUUUGUGGCCAGUCUUCAGGGACCCGUUGGUUCAGAAAAUCAAGAAUUUCCAUCCUGGAAUGGUGUAAGCCUGGUAUCUGUUCAAGAUUCUUGGAUGAAAGCCUUUGUGAAUGAGCCAUGGAACACUGGAGAAAGGUGUAAGAAACUCGACAGGCAAGAUACAGUAUGUAAACCUGAGGGGGACAGUUACAGCUUCCACUGGAUAUCGCCUUGUUGCAAUGACCAUGGAUUACCUGAAAGAGAGAGACCGUGUAAUUGUGAUAUGUGUGUUAAAAAGUCGAUUCUUCAUCGCCCCGACUCCCAAGAGGAUGACUGGAAAAGACUCGAAUGUGGAAAUGGCUUCAGGGGAGAUUCACACUUUCCCACUCAUCCAAGAGGGCCCUCGAGAGAGAAACCCCAUAAAUAUGAGUUUGGUCCAAGCCUAAGGCCUACUGCCCGUCUGGAGAGACCUCAAAGGACUCCCGCAGGCGAGAAACCCCCUAUAAGUAAGGAGUGCGGUCGGGGCCGAAGGCUGAACCCACGAGGGCCCAGCCGGCCCCGGGCCCCUGCAGGGGAGAUGCCCUACCGGUGUGAGGCCUGUGGGAAGGGCUUCCGGUACCAGUCGAUUCUCCUUAUUCAUCAAGGGGUCCACACGGGAAAGAAGCCUUACACGUGCGAGGAGUGUGGGAAGGCGUUCGGUCGCAGCUCCAACCUGCUGGUCCAUCAGCGGGUCCACACUGGUGAGAAGCCGUAUAAGUGCAGCGAGUGCGGGAAGGGCUUCAGCUACAGCUCAGUGCUGCAGGUGCACCAGCGGCUGCACACGGGGGAGAAGCCCUACACGUGCGGUGAGUGUGGCAAAGGGUUCUAUGCCAAGUCUGCGCUCCACAAGCACCAGCAUGUGCACCCAGGGGGCAAGCCCUACAGCUGCAUCCAGUGCGGGAAGGGCUUCACCUGCAGCUCGCACCUCAGCAGCCACCAGAAGUCGCACACGGGACAGAAGCCCUACCAGUGUGACAAGUGCGACAAAGGUUUCAGUUACAACUCGUACCUCCAGGCACACCAGCGAGUUCACACUGGCCAGCGCCUCUUUGAAUGCGACGUGUGUGGGAAGACUUUCAGUUACAGCUCGGGGCUUCUCCGGCACCAGAGGCUGCACACAGGAGAGAAGCCCUACAAGUGCGAGUGCGGGAAGGGCUUCGGUCGCAGCUCGGACCUUCACGUCCACCAGCGGGUCCACACCGGGGAGAAACCCUAUAAGUGCAUUGAGUGUGGGAAGGGCUUCCGGCGGAAUUCAGACCUUCAUAGUCACCAGAGGGUCCACACGGGUGAGAGACCCUUCGUGUGCGAUGUGUGUGGGAAGGGCUUUAUUUAUAGCUCCGACCUCCUUAUCCAUCAGAGGACCCACACAGGAGAAAAGCCCUACAAAUGUGCCGAGUGUGGCAAAGGCUUCAGUUACAGCUCGGGGCUUCUCAUCCACCAGAGGGUCCAUACUGGUGAGAAACCUUACAAAUGUGAAGCAUGUGGGAAGGGGUUCAGGUGUACCUCAAGUCUCUACAAGCAUCAGCGGAUUCACACGGGAAAGAAGCCCUAUACGUGCGACCAGUGUGGCAAGGGAUUCAGUUAUGGCUCGAAUCUUCGCACCCACCAGAGAUUGCACACGGGAGAGAAACCCUACACGUGUUACGAAUGUGGCAAGGGCUUCAGAUAUGGCUCUGGUCUCCUCAGCCACAAGAGAGUACAUACCGGAGAGAAGCCAUAUAGAUGCGACGUGUGUGGGAAGGGCUAUAGCCAGAGUUCACACCUUCAAGGUCACCAGCGGGUCCACACUGGCGAGAAGCCCUACAAAUGUGAGGAGUGUGGGAAGGGCUUUGGUCGAAGCUCCUGUCUUCAUGUCCACCAAAGAGUCCACACUGGUGAGAAGCCCUACAGGUGUGGGGAGUGUGGGAAGGGCUUCAGUUACAGCUCAGGCCUGCGAAAUCAUCAGCGAGUGCACGUAAGUGAGAAACCUGACAAGUAGGCGUGCGUUGAGGUGGAACCUGAACUUAUUCACCUGGCUGCCAGCGCAGGAGGAAGACUUUGUGAACAUGAUGUGUGGGGUUGGCUGCAGUGGAGGCUGACCUGGUCACCAUGGCCUGGUCUGCAGAGGAACGGAAGACCCAGAAGUUUGAGAUAUGGGAAGGGAAGACCCAGAAGUUUGAGAGAUGGGAAGGGAAGACCCAGAAGUUUGAGAGAUGGGAAGGGAAGACCCAGAAGUUUGAGAAGUGGGAAAGGAAGAUCCAGAAGUUUGAGAAAUGGGAAGAGCACUUGAGUUUCACAAUUCCAUCUCCAAGAGUCUGUCGCUGGGCAGACUGUCCUCAAAGAAGUAUGACAGGGACCUCAGUAAAAAUCAUCACUCUCAUUAGAGUCGGCCCAGGAGGGAGUUUUUUAAUAAAUAAUAUGAGUGAGAAUGUAUCAAGGGCAGGUUGUAGACAUGAAUUCCUUGUGGGGAAAGGGGAGGAAUACGUACAAAUGGGACAAAUGUAGGAAAAGGUGGUCACUUUACCAAAACCAAUAUUGUGUGUACUUUUUAGAUUGGUUUUACAAAAAUUGAAAGAUGAUGUUACCAUUGGUUGAGGGAGGCCAGUUGCUUUUAGAAGACCAGCAACAGUUAGAGGGAGGGUCCCCUCUCUUGGCAGGUCUGGAUGAUGUGUCUCCAUCACGUUUUUUUAAUCACGUUGUGGUGAAUGUUUUAUCCCCUAGAGAUAAACUUCUCUCUUGGAGAGGUUGUACUGAACUGCAGGGCCAUUUCAUUUUAACAGGUUGUUUUGUGUAAAAUAGGCUCUCUGCCCAGCAUGGAGCCCAUCGUGGGGCUUGAACUCACGAUCCUGAGAUCAAAACCUGAACCAGGAUCGAGUCAGAUGCUUAACUGACUGAGCCACCCAGAUGCCCCCUCAUUUUAUCAGCUUUUAAAAACAAAACAAAACAAAAAGCUGAUUGGCAUUGCAUUGAAUUUACAGGUUAAUUUGUUUUAUUGCUAUCAUGAGUAUAAUACUUCUGCCCUAUUUCAUUUUAUAGUGUUUUUAAACAGGUGAGACAAAUACUAGAGCAUUUGAAAAAAUCAGAAAUACCAUUUUAACUUGUCAGAAUAGCCGUGGUAAAAUAGCCACCACAGAAUUUAUUGAUAGGAGUGAAAAAAAGUCUUUAGAAGGAAUUUGUCAGUGUCUCAAGUUUAAUUUGUAUAGUCUUUGAAGUGGCAAUAAGUAUGUAGUAAUUGAUACUUGGAAGAUAAUUGCACAUGUGGAAAAAGAUGUAUGCAUAUGGCUGAGUUUCUUAGCAUUUUCUUACUAUAGAAAAAAAGAUGUUAAUACUCCAAGUGUAAUAAGUUAAGGCACAUGUAAAUGAGUGAAAAUCACUUAAAAUGUUCAAGUACACCUACGUUGACAUUGAAGAUUUCCCAUAAACUAUUUUGUGAGCCAGGAAAGUUGUAGAAUAAUUUUACUAUGACCCUGUUUUGUUAAUAGUUUUUUUUGUGUGUGUAUGUUUAUAGAGAGAGAAAGAAAAAAAAUUAUGAAAGGUUAGUAUGAUAACUGCCUAUCUCUAGUAAGUGGGAUGCAGGAUGUGUAAUAUAUUCGUGUACUUUUAUGUGUUUCACUUUUUAACAAAGAGUAUAUAUCAAUUUUAUAGCAAUAGUAAAGCUAUUUUUUAAAAAAUUAAUCGGAUGGAACAGUGCCUUAUGGUCAAAGAUCCAUGUCAUAACCUCUAUAAUUUUGUUGUUGCCUUUUCUUUCUACUGUUUACUUAGCACCUACUGCCAAAUAUACGGUAUGC